UUGUGAAUAUCUUAACUAGAUAUGUUUGUGUCGCGGUAAUAUUUCGUGUAGUUUACAUCAGUUUGCUCAAUUUAAAUGGUUGUGGUGUAUCUCCGACAAUUAAAUCCAGAAACGACUAGUAAAGGCAUAUAACAUUACGAGAAGCAAGUUUCAAACGAGGUCGCAUGGUGUAAAUCAUUUAAAAUCACGGACAAUCUGGAAAAAUUACAAGAAUGUCGAACGAACGUACAAUUAGUAUCGUCACUCUUCCAGAUAAAUCAACAGAAGAGAAUAAAAUUGAUUCAAAAAUUUUAUUUGUAAAGUAACAGAUAUAGAAAAUAAAACGGAGAAGUCUGCAAAUUUCGAGAGAGCCAUUACUGCAGCUGGUUAUGGAAAGUUUCAGUAUUUCCUUCUUCUAUCAAUUAUUCCUGUGUCAUGGUCAACAAGCCUUAACACUUCCAGUGUUGGGAUCAUUCUUCCUUCUGCAGAAUGCGAUCUGCAAAUAACUUUCUAUCAGAAAGGUGUCCUAACUGCUAUCGUAUACGUAGGAAUGGUCUGUAGCGGUCCUCUAUGGGGUUAUAUAGCGGAUGUCAAAGGUAGAAGAACCGUUUUCCUCUUCGGCUAUUUAGCUGACGGUAUAUGUAACAUUUUAUCAGGAUUAUCGCAAAAUUUUUGGACGCUGUUAUUUUUUAAAUUCCUUAGCGGUUUCAUUAUAAGCGGUCCUCAUGCUUCCAUCGUGGCGUACUCCUCUGAAUUCUAUGGGAAGAAAGGAAGAGGGAAAAUACCAUUGCUGAUCGGUUUCAGCAUCACACUUGGAAAUAUCGUGAGUUCAGCGCUCGCGUUGAUCAUCAUUCCUCAAGAGUGGUCCAUCGUUCUUUGGGACGGAGCAUUUGUCUACAAUUCUUGGAGAUUUUUCUUAUCUGCCUGUAGUAUGCCAAUAUUGAUCGGUGUUGUUUGUCUCUUCAUGUUUCCGGAAAGUCCAAAGUUUCUCAUGUCGCAAGAUCGUAUGGACGAUGCGUUGAAAGUUUUCCAGAGGAUUUACAGCAUAAACACGGGCAAACCGCCGGAACAAUAUCCGAUUCAAUAUUUACAAAACGAUCCUCCUUCCAUGGAAGAAUCAAGUAAUGUUGAUCACGAUGAAAAUAUGAAGAAGAAAAAAAUUUUCACUAAUCCGUAUUUGUCUCGACUUUUUUCGGUCAUUGUCAUGCAAUUUGGGUCAAUGUUUGCAACAAACACGUUUCGAUUAUGGCAACCUCAAUUGUUCACGAUUCUAGAAAAUUUCGAUCCAUUGACUUAUAAUUUGACAGCAGAACACGAAUCUACAUUUUGCGAAAUUUUGGAUUUCACAACCUCUUUGAGUGCUUCUGAAAACAUUGUAGAAAAUGCGACGUGUAAAAACAUUGUUGUCAACGAGUCUGUUUACGUGAACACAAUCAUUAUAUCUACUAUAGGAAGCUUUCUUCUUCUCUCAAGUAGCUUCAUACUGAAUUACUUGAGACACAAAAUCUUAUUAGCUAUUUGUUACGGAAUAUCGCUAAUAUGUAUAAUUAGUCUCUAUUGGUCAUCUAAUUCAUUAUUAACAUUAUUGUUGUCAAGUUUCUUCAUUGGAUUCACGAAUAAUACUCAAAAUAUCAUUAUUUCUGCAACGGUCAUCAUGUUCCCAACUUCUUUAAGGGCGAUCGCAGUGAGUAUCGUAAUGAUGGUUGGAAGGAUAGGAUCGAUCUGUGGAAAUAUUCUUUUCCCAAUUCUUCUGGCGCAAGGAUGCUUUGUACCGAUGAUCCAGUUGGCGUGCUUCAUAUUAUUUUGUUCUAUUUUAACAUAUUAUCUACCCUUGUUCAAAAAGGGAGAGAAAAAAUAAGAAAAGUCUCGAAUUUUAUUUUAUUUUCACUUUUGAAUACUCGAAACGAUUUUUCAAUCAGAAAUCAUCAAACUCUCGAAAUAAUAUAUUAGAGAAUAUAUCAAAUUUAAAAGCAAUUCAAUCAAAGGUCGAAAGUGUGUAAAAUAAAAUAGAUUUAUACGUGACUCGAGUAAAUCGCCAAUAAAGGAGUUUCCAUUUCAUAUAAUAUACUCCGAAUGAUAGAUCUCGGAUAACCUAUAGACCUCGUUGUUCAAACCGGGGAAUUAUGCUCAUCCUUGAACCAUUCUAGCAUGAUCGAAUAUUUCCAAAAGGAACCACGAUCGUCUUCUUAAGAAACAACCGCCAUUUUGCGCAACAGCGUAAAACGAAACAUGCAAAACAAGAGAAUAAUGGAAGAUUUAUCGAAGCAAGAAAGCACGCGUUCAAACGCAAAGAAGGGAACAACGACAACAAUAUUACACAAUGAACGAGUGGAUGUUUCCAGUUGGACAGUCUUCACGGUCACAUUUUCAACCGGGGAAGAAGAUCAAUCUCGAUUUAAAACAAUGAUCGAGCCCGUCGAGGACGAACGUGGCGUUCCUCGACUGGCGUGAACACGAAGCUGCCACGGGGGCCUUGGGUUUCACUUUCGACACAUCCUGGAGAGCCCUCCGCCGCAGCCUUCACCCACAUGCUCGUUCUUCUCGAUCCCUCGCUAAGUAAGUAAGUAAAUACUAUUUACUACGCUUCUGUUCAAGUGGAGUUUCGUGUGGACGAUGCUUUAUCAAGCGCCCGGGAUCUCGACACCUUCGAACCGACCAUGUUGAUCGAGUAAUUACGCGUGGCCAUAAAAAUCGCCGUGAAUAUUACAAUGAGAGAAAGUCAAGGCAUCUUGUUGCGAUGCAAUCUUCUGCAUGCUAUUAUGGCUACAACACUCGAAGAUCGCAGGAGAAAAACUUGAUAAGUUAUAAUUUUUAAAUCUCUUAGGGGAAUUUUGAAAGUGGACUUGUCGAAUUAUUUUCACAUAUUUUUAUCUUUGAAGUAUUGAAGGUAUUUUUAAUUAUAUGAUUUAAAAUAUAAGGAACCAAUCUUGUGGUCUUCAUUUGAUAUUAAUAUUUUUUUUCGUUUUUGUUUUAUUGUUUUUCAAAGGAAUGGACACUUCUUAUAUUCAGAAUUAGAAAUUGAAUGAAUUAGAAAUUUUCUGUGUACGCAAUUCAUGGAAUGCAUUCAACAGACAUAUAUUUUAUCUUGAUGGAUUAAUGUAUAUAUUAAGAUUCUUAAGAUUAUUUUUUUAUAGCUUUGGGAUAUUCAGGAUAAUUUAAUAUACGAAUAUAAUACGUAUUUAUUAUUAAUUUGAUCACGAUUCCAUUUUACCUAUAUAAUUCACUAUUGUUUCUAUUUGUGAGUAUAAUUAAGACAUUACACGACGAUAAUUACAAUCUAUAUCCAUGAAAAAAAUAAGCAAUUCAAUUAAUCCGAUGGCGAAUUGAAUGUGAUACAAUUAACGGGACACGAAUGACAAUAAGUACGAAUAAUAAAAAGAAAUUGUGCACA